AUGAGCUACAACGACAACAACAACGACAGCUACGGCUCGAGCAACCAAGACUCGUACGGAUCGUCCAACAAGGACUCGUAUGGUUCCUCGAACACCAAGGACAGCUAUGGCUCAUCGGGCAACAACGACAGCUAUGGUUCAUCCAACAAGGAUAGCUACGGUUCGUCCAACAAGGACAGCUAUGGCUCAUCUGGAAACAACGACAGCUAUGGUUCGUCCAACAAGGACAGCUAUGGCUCAUCGGGCAACAACGACAGCUAUGGUUCAUCCAACAAGGAUAGCUACGGUUCAUCCAACAAGGAUAGCUACGGUUCGUCCAACAAGGACAGCUAUGGCUCAUCUGGAAACAACGACAGCUAUGGUUCGUCCAACAAGGACAGCUAUGGCUCAUCUGGCAACAAUGACAGCUACGGCUCCUCGAAGAAUGAUUCAUACGGCUCGUCUAACAACGACUCCCGUGGCUCAUCCAACAAGGACUCCUAUGGCUCAUCGGGCAACACGGACAGCUACGGAUCAUCCAACAAGGACUCCUAUGGCUCAUCUGGCAACAACGACAGCUAUGACUCGUCCAACAAGGACUCCUAUGGUUCAUCAGGCAAUGAUUCCCGCGGAGGAAAUGACAGCUACGGAUCGUCCAACAAGGACUCCUAUGGCUCUUCAGGAAACGACUCUCGCGGAGGCAAUGAUAGCUAUGGAUCGUCCAACAAGGACUCCUACGGCUCAUCGGGCAAUGACUCCCGCGGAGGAAAUGACAGCUACGGCUCUUCUGGAAACGACUCAUACGGCAGCUCCCGCCGUGACAACUACUAA